GUUACGAGAGGUGUAAUAAUGCAGCAGCCGUGCGUUUUCCCCCCUCAGUUACUGGGUGCACUGCAGCGUUGGCAAGGAGUGGUCACACCAUCGACAAAUCAGCAACACGACUCCCCUAGGCUAAUGUUAGCUAACAAUGCUAACGUUUAAAGUUAUUUUCGCCACCCGCUUUCUAUGUCUCACCGUGCACCUUGUUAUGCCGUACUGUGGGGAAAGGCUCCUAAAGCCAAUGGCUAAACCAACAUCUAACGUAUAACUGCUCUUGCAUUGCCGCUCAGCCAAACACACGCGAACUUGCUGCUAAUCUGUUGUGCUAUGCUAAGGCUAGCCCGGCUGUUGGCACAGCUCGCAGUGGGUUAUGUGGGUUAUUGUGAUGCUAACGUAGCGAGACAGCCAAACCAGGUCAUGCGGGUGUUGAGCGAACAUUCUGGGCAAUUGGGCUGAUGUGAUCUCCAUCGUUGUCAUUUAUCUGCGAGGAAGCGUUAAUGGUUACCGAAAAACGCAGAAUUACCCAACGCUCAGCUGCUCUUUGUUCGCAUGGCCACUUUUGUCUUUUAUGUUUUAGCCAACGCGGCUAACUGCCCGUCGCCCCGGAAUGCUACGCUGCGCUAGCAAGUCAAGCGGGCGGCUGUCUGCGGGGGUUCGCUUAGUUAAACCCGAGAAAUGUGAGCUAUUGGCGGCCCCAGAACAAGAGUUCCUCUACUCGGUUGGCGAAUACAAAUCGCCAUGACAACGUGACGGUCAGGCGGGUUCACGAGACUGAAGUAACGUUAGGCGCGUGCCCUUUAACGUCGGCAGCAGACGGUUUAACAGGUUGAGCCCCUCAACUUGUUCGACCAUUCAUUUUCUGUGUAUUCCAGUCCGUGUGAGAGGGUAGUGGUCCUCCAGGCUGUCUCACGGGCUGGGAAUUUGUCUGCUCGUGAACCUGUUGGGUGGGUCUUGUGUAAACUUGUUGUAGGCAAAUGCCAGGGUGGGGAUAACCUAACUGUCAGCUUGAGUGUGAAGUCGAUGUGCUUUUCCCUUGAACGGAGUGGUUUCAUGCAGGCAUGCAUUAGCGUUUUAGAACGGGCGUUUAGGGGAUGCAGACAUAGAACGGCUGAAACUGACAGACUCAUAUUUAAACGGCACACAGUACAGGAUGGUGGACCCAGCACAUGGCGCACUAGAUGACAGCUACACACCAGAGGAUGACUCCCAGGAGGUGCACUCCGUCUUUUCUGACGAGGGACCGACACGGCGGCUGGACAACGGCAUGAAGAAACCAAUCUCGCGCACAGUCCUGCCCUCCGACUCGAUGUCCAUUGACGGCGGCCUGUCGGUGUCCGGUAUGGGCGGCUACAGCGCCACGCUGGACCGUCCGUACCGGCAGCCUGGACCGGGAGACUACCCCACAGCCACGGUGCCCAGAAACUACCACUACGCCCCCGUAGGGGGCUAUGAUGACUACCGGGGAGGCCCACCAUCAGAGGCGUAUACGAGCCUGAGCAGGGGCUCGCACAUGGACGACCGCUACAGGCCAGUUGACGGCUACCGGACCAUGGACUCUGGCUACCGCGCCCCAAGCCGUCAGCAGCUCGACCCGUACGCGGCACAGCCCCAGGUGAGCCGGGGGAUGAGGGCCUUGGGCUCAGCGUUGGAGGUGCGGUAUGGCCACGGCCACUACGGCCUGGAGGAUGACCAACGCAGUGUGGGAUACGAUGAAUACGGCAUGGGUCCUCCGCCUAUGCACCCCGGAGGCUACGGUACCAUGCCACGCUUGGGUCCAGGCCACGUGACUAUAGACAGACGAAGACUCCGGAGCUGUGAGGACACUUUGGACGGUGACGUGAUGGGAGUCGACCCUUAUGCCUGGGGUGUUCCCAUGACGAUGGAGAGGGGCAGCAUGGCGUCACUAGACAGCACACUGCGGAAGCCUCCUCCUGGUUCAUGGAGACAGCCGGAGCUGCCAGAGGUCAUCGCCAUGUUGAACUACCGCCUAGACCCUGUCAAGACGAACGCGGCUGCAUUCCUCCAACAUCUCACAUUCAAAAAUGAUAAGGUAAAGUCGGAUGUGCGUCGCCUGAAGGGCAUCCCGUCCUUGGUGUCGAUGCUAGACCACCCGAGCAAGGACGUGCACCACUCGGCCUGCGGAGCACUGAAGAACAUUUCAUACGGCCGAGACCAGGAUAACAAGAUCGCCAUCAAGAACUGCGACGGAGUGCCCGCGCUAGUCAGGCUGCUGAGAAAAACGCACGAGCAGGACCUCACUGACACCAUCACAGGCACCUUGUGGAACCUGUCAUCCCACGACUCGGUAAAGAUGGAGAUUGUGGACCACGCCCUGCACGCCCUCGCCGACGAGGUGGUCGUCCCUCACUCCGGCUGGCAGCAAGCGAGCAACGGUGGCGAGGAGAGCUGCAAGCCGCGCCAUCUGGAGUGGGAGACCGCCUUGACCAACACCGCUGGCUGCCUCAGGAAUGUGAGUUCAGAACGCAGCGAGGCCAGGCGAAAGCUGAGGGAAUGCACGGGAUUGGUGGACGCCCUCAUGUACAUUGUCCAAUCCCAGAUCAACCGCAAAAAUGUCGAUAAUAAGUUGGUGGAGAACUGUGUCUGCCUCCUGAGGAAUCUGUCCUAUCACGUUCACCGCGAGGUCCCAGGCUGCGAGCGCUUUGCUGAGACCAUGCCCGUCAACCAGGGGCCGGCCCCAGCCAACAAGGGCGGCUGCUUUGGCUCCCGAAAGGGCAAAGAUGAGUGGUUUUCAAAAGGAAAGAAGGAUGGCGACGAUGGAAGUGGUGAUCAGGUGGACAUUCCAAACAGGACAACACCCGCCAAAGGCUAUGAGCUUUUGUUCCAACCGGAGGUGGUUCGCGUUUACACAUCGCUGCUCAGAGAGAGCAAGAACCCCUCGGUGCUCGAGGCUGCCGCCGGAGCCAUCCAGAACCUUUGUGCUGGCCGAUGGACUUAUGGACGGUAUAUCAGGGCCACUGUGCGUCUGGAGAAGGGUCUUCCUAUGAUGGCGGAGCUACUGGCUCAUGGCAAUGACCGUGUGGUUCGAGCGAUGUCCGGAGCUUUGAGGAACCUCUCCAUCGACAGACGCAACUGCCAACUGCUCGGUUUGCACGCGGUGCCUCACCUCGUGGCCAACCUGCCUGGUGGCCAGAGUCAGUCUGGGCGCGUUCUAUCAGAGGAGACUGUGGUGUCUGUGCUGAGCACACUCACUGAGGUGCUUGGCAACAGUGUGGAGGCUGCGAAGACUCUCCGAGCCUCUCAGGGCAUCGAGAGGCUGGUGCUCAUCAACAAGGACGGCAAGCGGUCUGAGCGCGAGGUGCGGGGUGCCGGCCAGGUGCUGCAGCUCGUCUGGGCCCACAAAGAGCUGCGCAAGCCGCUGGAGAAGGACGGCUGGAAGAAGACUGACUUCAUGGUCAACCUCAGCACCACCAACGGCCCGAGCACCCGAGCCAACGGCACCUACGAAGACAGCACCACCAUGCCGCUGCUGGACAGAGGGGAAAAAAGAGACAUGAUUCCACUAAAUGACCUCGGCCCUGAGGCUUACUCAACACUGGACCAGAGGGAGAGGAGACACACUCUGGAUGAAACCACUGACACUUUACCGCGAGGGGUGUAUGGGGGCAGAAAGGGCUCCUUGCCCCUGUUGGACUCCUACGAUGAAAAACUGAUAGUGUGCAUCACCCAGACUGGGCCGUGCCUGCCCUACCACUGCUACUGAGGAGAGAGGAUCCAGAUGCCCUCCCUCCCUUCCGCCUUCUCCCUCCUCUCCUUCCCUCCUCCUUUCUCUCCCUCCAUCACCACAGCUGGGAUUAGAAGAUGAGGGUUGGCAUCCAAAGAAAGUGGCCGUGUUGCAGGCAACCAUUUCAUGCAACACACACAUACAGAUAGACAAAUACACUACUACACCUACUUUUUACAUUCAAUUGUAGCAACAGAAAUAUAUUCUGAUUUUUAAAUUAUAAUUCUCCUCCAAAGGCAAUCACCUUUGUUGACAAUCAUUUAAUUGUGGUGGUUUCAUCCUGCUUGUUUUAAUUUUUUUUCCUGCCAUUGUUGACGUUUCAGUAAAUUCAGUCACGCAAAUACCUGCAUUCUGAUGAGGAAUUUGUACGUAGACGUUUAUGUAGGGUAUAUACUGUAUAUAUAAAAAAAGGGGAUGACUGCAUUAGUUUUGGCUCAUUUUAUUUAAAUCCUCUCGUUACUGGGAGUGUUGGGUUUUUGGCCGACAGACGUUUGCCCUUUUUAGAUUGAGAAUGUUUAUAUAGGAGUUAUUUUCUCUGUUGGGAUGAGCACAUGUGUAGACAAGAAGUGUGUAUGUGAGAAUAUGGACCUUGGAGUGAGUGUUUUUGUGUGCGUGUGCACGGACCAGACCCAUUAGACACGUUGCUUGUUUCAUCCGUUCAUGUUGUUUUUAUGGCGUGCUCCUGCUGUUGUAAAGCUUUCGUUUCAUCUACCAACUGCCUCUUUUUGUAUUUGAUAACUUUGUUUCCCCCAGACGUAAAAAGGAAGAAUACAAUUUGAAUUUCUGUAUUUUUGACAACACAUCGAACUUGAACUUGGCACUGAAAUGUGAAACUGGGAACAUUAUACACUACUAAAGCAAUGCGACGCGUGGACAUUCUGCUUUAGAAGCCUGUAACUACUUUAAAAGAUUCACACCAGAAACAACCUACUGAGGGUUAUUCCUCAUUAAGAAAUGACCAACACUUUCGGGGCUGGGAAUAUUUAUCUCUUUGAAUAGUUUUUUUUUUUUUUUUUUUUAAGUCACAAUUUCCUGUAUUUUCUUUUAUAAUAUAGUAGUUGCUGAUUGCAGUCUGUUUUACAAAUACACCUAAAUAUGGAAGACAUUGUCACAAAGAGUUGAAUUCCCACAGAGAUAUUUGGGAGGUGGAUGAGAAAUACUCUUGUCUGUGAUCCACGUGUUUUUAAGUUUUUGUAUUUUUUUUUUUCUCCAACCUGUCAGGUUUGUAUUUUAUUUCAGUUUUGUCUGUAUGGGAGAGCUCAUUAUGCAAUUUGAUCAACUUAUUAGUUCAAGUUUUAACCCUGUGUUUUUAAGGCAAAAGAGACCAAUCAUCUUUGUUUUUUUACUCUCCACACAUGGUAUAUUUGUAAUGUUGCCUAUCCAUGUAAAAUUAUGAUGUACGAUUCAUACCUGCCUUGGCUCUGAGAAGUUGCUUUUUCAGUGAAGUCUGUAACUGGUAAAACUGUUUUAUAAAUAAAGAUCUUUUCUUAGACCAGA